AGCGCGGCCUCCGUCUAUAAGAGAGAGCGCCGCCAGCGAGCAGCCCUGCAGCUCUCGCCGUGCAUCGUCCACCGUCGUGUCGUGCCGGCGCCCGCCGUCCGCUGUCUGUCCCACUGUCCAGUGCCCGCCCAGUUCCAAGGCCGCCACCUUGCAGGCGGCACAAGUGUGUGUAUACUGAUCUCUCGAUAGUGCGCGAUGGGCGGUUCUUCUUUGGCUGGCCUGCUCCUGGCCGUGGCGGCGGCGACGCUGCUCGUGGCCGCCACGCCCGCGGCGGCCGCGCCCCGGGCGUUCUUCGUGUUCGGCGACUCGCUCGUCGACAACGGCAACAACAACUACCUCAUGACGACGGCGCGCGCCGACGCGCCGCCGUACGGGAUCGACUUCCCGACGCACAUGCCCACGGGGAGGUUCUCCAACGGGCUCAACAUCCCCGACAUUAUCAGUGAGUACCUCGGGUCCCAGCCUGCGCUGCCGUACCUGAGCCCCGACCUCCGAGGCGACAACCUGCUCGUCGGCGCCAACUUCGCCUCCGCCGGCGUCGGCAUCCUCAACGACACCGGCAUCCAGUUCGUGAACAUAAUCAGGAUCGGGCAGCAGCUGGAGAACUUCCAGAACUACCAGCAGAAGCUGGCGGCGUUCGCCGGCGAGGACGCGGCGAGGCAGGUGGUGGAGCAGUCGCUCGUGCUCAUCACGCUCGGCGGCAACGACUUCGUCAACAACUACUACCUGGUGCCCUUCUCCGUCAGGUCCCGCCAGUUCGCCAUCCAGGAUUACGUCCCCUACCUCAUCUCCGAGUACAGGAAGAUCCUCACGAGGCUGCACGAGCUGGGCCCGCGGCGGGUGAUCGUGACGGGCACGGGGAUGAUCGGGUGCGUGCCGGCGGAGCUCGCCAUGCACAGCAUCGACGGCGAGUGCGCCACCGACCUGACGCAGGCCGCCGACCUCUUCAACCCGCAGCUGGAGCGCAUGCUCGCCGAGCUCAACUCCGAGCUCGGCGGCCACGUCUUCAUCGCCGCCAACACCAACAAGAUCAGCUUCGACUUCAUGUUCAACCCCCAGGACUACGGGUUCGUGACGGCGAAGGUGGCGUGCUGCGGGCAGGGGCCGUACAACGGGAUCGGGCUGUGCACGCCGGCGUCGAACGUGUGCGCGAACCGGGACGUGUACGCGUACUGGGACGCGUUCCACCCGACGGAGCGGGCGAACCGGCUCAUCGUCGCGCAGCUCAUGCACGGCUCCACCGACCACAUCCGCCCCAUGAACCUGAGCACCAUCCUCGCCAUGGACGCCAUGGACGAGACAAGAAACUGAUCUCACCACCACCAUGGAGGAGAGGAUCAUAUUACAUGUGUGGCCUGGCUAUGUAUAUGUGCUUAGUUGGGAAAUAGUUUUUAGCACACGGUGUAGGUACACCCGUGUGCUUGCAUGCCAUCUAAAUAACCAUAAAAAAAUAU